GUGAACUACCCUAAUUGAAUAAAUUCUCGGUUUUAAAAAUGAACCGAUUGCUGUGGGAAUUGGCGUGGUGAAACGCCGAGGAAAAAAGAUAAACCCACGCUUCUCGUUGGUAUCUCUCUUUCGGAUGGGCAGAAUAUAACCGGUUGAAACCGCGAUUAAACAGCUCGACGUUAGUGUGGGUUCGCCCUGGUGGGGAUCAAGAUAAAAUGAAAGGAAGAGUGAGAGGAUUGAGUGGUGAGGGUCUGGUCAAAGCGUCUGGUGGGAUCUAACAGGCAUUAAACGACACUAGGUAGUGCUAGGUAGUUGAUCAAUUGUGCUCGGAUCGUACGAGUUGUGAUUCGUCCAAGGCCUGCAAUCCGCGUAUUAAAGUGUUUGAGAUCAACUGCAUGAACCGGCUAUAACUGGUGCAAGCCAGUAGUUCAAACCAACGUAUUCGACAACAGUGCGCAAACGUAUCGGGUGGGAAUAGCUCCGGCAAAUUCACCUCACCUUAUAAUGUAUUCUGGGAAAUAAAGUAGCUACAAUACUUUGGCACAUUCAUACCGGAUUAUUUCAGUUUAACUUAUUGUCUUAUGUGAUUAAUAUUUCAAUAUCUUUGUCUGGAGGGAACCGGCUGUCGCCUGUAUUUCGGUUAUUGUGUUCCGUCAGUGAAUUAAAAGACCAGAAGAAAGAGAGAGAUUGAAAGUCAGUACUUGGUUGUGACUCGGAGGAAAACGCGCUCUGCAACACCAGUUUUGCCAUUCAAUUUUACAUUCAGAGUUGCAGUUUUUUUAAAUAUUUAUUUUUAUCUUCACGGGGUCUCAUGGUACUCACGGUUCUCUGAUCGAUCCAGCGAUUGAAAUAGUGAUCGAAAAACCCGCCGACAUGAUUUACCGUUAGUGUCGCAAUUUUAGUGAUUUCACUUCCGUGAUUUUUUAUUAUUAAGAAACCGUAUGAAUUGUUGUUUUCCGCUUGGAUAUUCGUACCGUAUGGACAGCGUAUGAGUUAGUGGAGUUUAUUUUAGAGAAGAUCGUUGGGAUUUUUUAAUUAGCAGUCAGCGGGAAUGAUCUGUAUCAUAGCAACGGUCGUUCACCUUGUGGAGCUGAAGCAGAAGCCAUUUUUCUCUGGGUGUUCAGUUGAAUUUAUGAACAAUUCGAUGGAAAAGCCUGUGGUUAUUGAGGUCAAGGGUAAAGAGAAUUUCGUCGUUAGAAUGUCUGGUCGUCAGGAAGAAUUACAUCCGGAUCAGGCUCGUUACCUCAGAUGACGAGCAGCCUGAUCAUCGGUGUGCCGAUGUUUAAGUUAUUGGGCUUUCUUUUAUCGUUGAUUCGCUGAUUAAUAUCGCAUGGACAAUAUUUGUUUCAUUUGUUCGUUGAUCGUUGAAUUUUUGAGGAGAAUUUAUUUAUUGAUACCAAUAUGCUCGGUGAUUAUCGCAAACAUCCGAUGCUACUCGUUUACGAGAUCAGCGUUCGACAAUUUGGCUCGGUUGGUAUUCAACUUGUAGCACGUGUUUUGUAUACAUCGAGGUACGAGCAGACAAUUGUAAGACUGGGUGAAUCUGGUCGCAAGUAUCUGGUUAAUCUGGUUGGAACCAGAAGACGUUGGCCUGUUAAACGACUUGGAACACCCAGAUAUUGCGAUAAAAAUAUUGUUCGCAAGAUUUUUAAACUCGGGGAGAGCUACCAUUCACCGCAGAAUCAGAAUGACGUGGGCACAGCCUCAUCAUCUAUGGCGAUGGUGCCAGCGUUCGUGACAGUGGUACCACCUGUACUCUCUGGUUUGGAUUCAGUCAAGGAGGACACAAAUGGCUCCUCAAAGUCGGUCACUGGAUUGCCCUCAUCACCAGCUAUUGCACCAGAUCAGGGGACCUGCAGUGAUAAGAACACAACAAAUGCACCAGGGGAAUUAGCACCUGAUGCUAAUGCCUUUCAGACCUGUGCCUGGCUGCGCUCAAGUCGUUUUCAGGCAUUCGAAACCACAUUCUCAAGCUUCUCAGCGGCUGAUAUCCUCAGACUCUCCAGGGACGAUCUCAUUCAGAUCUGUGGACUCGCUGAUGGAAUCAGAUUGUUUAAUGCACUACAUUCAAAACCACCAACACCCAAGUUGACACUUUAUUUUGAUGUUGAGGGAGGUGGCAGCUGUCUGUGGCGUGUUGUUUAUCUUGAGAGUCUCACCAGUGGUGCACUGGCCAGUAAAUUACUUGCCACUGUCAAUUUACCCAAUGAUCGACUACAUUCCGUUCUACUUCAGGGACCACAGGGAAUUCAUGUGCUGGUGUCCAAUGAGCUUGUUGCCAAUAUGAAAGAUGAGAGUAUGUUUCUUGUUGAAACCAUAAAAGAUUCGUCGAGUGAACGAUAUAAACUGCUGCUAAAGCCGUCUAUUUCUCUUAAAUGAGUGACGACAAUGGAAUUUGGGAGCAGAUAAGACUGUUGGUGAUGGAAUUUAUGCCGAUGGAUUGUGAGGAUAUCGAUGCUUUCAUUGAGAAUCUCACGCGAUACCAAUGAAAAUUAUUUUUUUUAUUGCAAUCGAGAUCGAGAACAGGGGAAUGAGUGACUGAUUGGCAGUGAAGUACACGAUAAUUAAGAUUCAUUAGAGUAUCUCUGCUUAGCAGACUUUUUCGGGCUAGUUUACACACUCGUGCAGCUUUGUUAUAGUUGAGAAUUAUACUCAUUUUAUUUUGUCCAUUUGUUUUUUAGGGUUUUGUCGAUUCGAUUUAUCUUGACCUCUACUUUUUUUGUAUUUUAUUUGAGAUUUAUAAUAAUGGAAGUCUGGAACUUUUUGACAAUUAUGCAUGAUUAAGUUUUCUUUAUUGUUAUUACGUUGAAGUAGUCAUUGUGAUGUAGAAUAUGUAAAUAGAUAAUUCGUGAAUUACUCAGGUAUUUUCGGGAGUGCCUUUCGCUGGCUGUUGAAGUUUUAGAAAAUUAGUCGAACGAAUUUUAAAAUUUCUUUAUUUUUAGAAUUAAUUGAGGAGAUCGUUAUCGCCUCGGGUAUGAUUGCGAUUUUUUCGUUUGACUAUUUUAAAUGAGACAAUUUCAAAUUAUUUUGUGGAUAAAAAUAUAUAUUUUAUGACUACAUACAAGAGAUUAAUAAAUAAGAUGUUUAACUUUUUGUGGAGUGACUUUUUCAUUGAAACAUCCAUUCGAAUUGCAAUUGUAGACAUUUCAUUUUCCCAAUUCACUAAA